GAGAAAACCUUUUAUUAUUUCAUUCAAACAUUGUCACUACUUCACAUAUUAUUUGUACGAGGAAAAAAACAAGCAAAGUAACACCAUUGUACAACAUUUCCCAAUUCUUUUUCUAUCAACAUGCUGAAAUGUGAUAGUAUCUGGAAUUUAAGAAAUAAAUUUCUAAUAUUAUUAGCCAUGUUACUUAUUCCUUUGUAUAUAUCACUGGAAUUAUGUUUUUUUAUUUCUGAUCAGUAUGUAUUUUACAGAUGCGCGAUAGACGAAGGUUUAUCAUAUGACGUAAAGGAUGGGAAAUUUGAAUUGAUCGCAAGCAAUGAAUCAGAUAAACUUUUACUUAAGGAAGGGCAACGUAGAGCUGCUUGGAUUGGUGCAUGCAAUCAUUCAGUGAGAUUAUUAUUUGGUUUAUUGACAACAAUGAUAAUUGGUUACAUAUCUGACCAUUUUGGCCGUCGUUUGUCAUUAGGUAUCAUGAUCAUCGGAGAAGCAUUACAAAUAAUCACACUGAGUGUGGUUGUUCUACUCCAAGCUAAUCCAUGGUUAACAGUUAUCCCUGGUUUAUUCGAUGGAUUUAUAGGAGGUGGUUUGUUAUCGAUUCAAGCACAAGUUUCAGCAUCAUUAACGGAUUUAGUGUGUAAAGAAUCAAUAGAUAAUAAUGAUGUAACAAAUAGUCAAUUAACUAAUCAAAAUAACUUAUGGACUUUAUUCACUUGGUUCGAUGGACUUGCUUUAAUUAGUUUAUCACUUUCAAAUCCUAUAGGAGGUACCCUUCUUUAUCGAGGCGGUUUUCAACUACCAGUUAUCAUCUGUAACAUUUUGGUUGGGAUUAGUUUAUUGAUAAUAUUUUUUCUACCUGAAUCGAACAUAGUAUUUCGUCCGAAAUGUUUAAAUAUAGACACUUUAAAUAAUGAUCAAGAUUGUAAAAACGAGAGUAAUAAUAUAGAGAUUGUUUUUGUACGCAGCAGGAAUUUAUCAUUUUGGGAAGUGAAUCGUCAAAAUAUUCAAAACAGUUUCAAGCUCCUGUUAGGAAGAUUGACCAUGUGUGUCAACAAAGGAUGUGGCAUAGUUUUCCGCCGUUACAUCUAACAUACGAUCUGAUGUUGGAAUUUAUUCAAGGAUCUUCAAUGCUAUUGCUAAUACUUUAGUUUAUAUCGCUACCAUACCAAGAUUUGCUAAAGGGUUGAAUAAUCCAAUACUAAGAACCCUUAUAUCCAUGUGGACUGACCAGUCAAAGCAGGGUAUGAUACAUUCAUUUGUGGCGUUUGUAUCACGAUUGGGCGUACUUACUUGUUUUUCUGUAUUAAUUUCAGUCUAUUCUUCAACAACUGAUCUAUUCCCUGGUGCUGUAUUCUUGGUCUGUUCCAGUUUGAUAAUUAUUGCACUGAUAACAACUGGCAUUUCUAAUACAUAAAAGAAUCUCAGAGAAAAUACUUCACAAAAGUAAAGGUUCUCGGGGAAAACUUUAAAUGUAAUAAAAUUAUCUAAGAAUUAUGGGUUUAAUCUGCUUAAUAUUGAAGAUAACACAAAACAAAUUUAACAAAUUGAACAUAACUACUUGCCAAUUGUUGUUAGUAGUUAUUCACCUUAUCGAGAUAAAAAGAACAUUUACAACUUAUUUCUAAUAUUUAUUUGAUAGUUGAAACCGUUGUACAAACUAUGAAAGUGUCGAUUAAGUCAAAUCAACCUUAUUACUUUCAGAAUGUUUGGUCCAUCUGGAUGAAAUUUGUUUUGGGAAUUAAACCAAUGAUCAUAUCAUUGCAUCACACUAACUGAUACACAAGAAGGGCUGAUAAAAUCAUAAACAGGAUUAAAGUUUGAGGUUUUACAAAAUAUAGUAAAUUACCAUGUUCAUUAUUGUAAACAAGAGAGACUAUAAAUAAGAUUAACGAUUUACUUAGUGAUUAAACAGGAUUUCAGAUUUCGUUAUCUUUUGAAUUAAUAAUAAUAAAUUGAAAAUAAUUUCUAUAUUUAAAGAAUCAAUACCAUGUAGAGCGCUUGAUUCUCAUCGACAGUCAACGACUUGAUAUACAAAAAAAUCUCUAAAUGCAAUAUUUGUGAAGCUUAUCUAUUCAUAGUAUCCAAUAGUAAAAUUACUGAAAUAAAUACUAAAAGAAUUGCAUAGCAGCGUAGUAGAAUAUAAAGUAAUCCUUGUUAAUAUGGAUACUAAAAAUGAAACUAUUAGAUUACUACAGAUAAGCUUCUCGUUCAACACAUUGUUCAACGUGUAAAUUUUAAAAACCCGUCCAUUCAAGUUAAAUGUGAAAUAAACAAUAACCAUGCAAGUACUUUACCGAAAAAUAUAACAAGCAUUAGAUACAUGUUAUGUGACUUUUUUUAAAAAGUACGGUAAAUUAUAUUGGCUGUUAUUUAUCUAUCCAAAUGGGCAUCUGAUUUACCGGAGCCAAUGUUUUGAGUUCAACCCAUUUAUUUCGAAAACGACUCUGUUAAUCAAUCCCUAUCACGUGUAAUUUGUUGAUCAAAGCCGGAUGCAUAGAUGUAUACUUGAUAAAUAAGUUAUUUCAGAAAUCAUUUUAAUUAUAUGAACUUAGAUGUAAUGAGACUGAAUUCUGAUUGAUAUUUAACAAAGUAAGUUUAUAAUAUCAGCAUUGUAACCAUUAUUAUUUUCAAUUUUUCUAUAUGCAAGAGAACUUCCACAAGUUUACAGUUCGUAAGCCUAAGAAGAAAUCAAGUAGAAAAUUGUGUACUGUCCAAUAAGAUCUAUCUGAUGUAUUUCAAAGUACACUAAUAAGCAAACAGUUACGUAUAGAGUUAAUGCGAUUCAAAUACAUAUUUUCACAUAGUUUGUGAACAUUGAUUAUACUGUCCAUAAGAUAACUAAAGGUAACCGUUUACAAAUUCUUAUCUUCUUGUCAAAGAAUCAAUACAUAAAUGUAACAAAAGCAUAUUAUUUUUCUCAAAAGACAAUAGAUGUCAAUAUUGAAGUUUAACAUUACAAUCUACUGUUUUUAACUAACGAAUUGAUGUUUCCACUUUGAAAUACCUUACAAUCGUUCGAUUUUCAUCAACAGAAGAGAAAAAAAACAAAGUAAUUUCAAACAAAAUAGGGUUCUUACUUUUUUCAGACAACAAAAAGAACAUUGAAAUAUAUUUCAUUAAAGUUUGUCAAGAAUAUAGAGCUGAUUGUUUGACAUUAAAUAACUUCAUUAACAAGCCGAGUGUAAAACCAGUAAGCUAAUGAUUUAGAGAAUAGAAGCAUAGAUUAAUGUUAAUUUCGGUAAGUUGCCACUUUACAUCCAAACAAUAUGAAGAGAACUAAUAUAAGUUUAAUUUGAUCCCUUAAUUAAUAAAUUAAUUAGUAAUGAAACAAGUUAAACCAGUAAUUUCCCUUGUUAGAGUUCUUACUGUUGUGAAUACUAAACAUGUUUUUGUUUACAAAUGAAAGAUUUCGAACUAGGUCCAUCCUAGAAAUCUUAAUUUAGUUAGCUUCAACCAUUGAGACAAUGAUCCUUAUCUCAUUUCUUAUAUUUACCCUAAUAUCCCGUUAAACUCUUGAAAACGGCAUGACUAAUAAAGGAAUACAUAAUAAGUUUACUUAGAUGGUGAAUGGUACUGCUUUAAGGCUGAUGAUAUAAUGUUAACGGCUGAGUUACAGAAUAUUUUAAUAGCUUUACGAAAAAACAGUAUGCUAUAAACAAUAAAAUUAUUUAAAUUAUGAUCAUUUAAUUGAUUUUUAUUAAUUGAUUAAUCUUCCCUCUUUGUUGUUCACUUUGAUGCUAACAGAACAGUCAACAUUGAUUAUUUUCAAAGUUAAAGUAAACAUUACACUCAAAGUUCAUUAUCUUAUAUCGACUAUAAGAUUCAUUAAAUGAUUCCGUAAGCUUUUUUUCUUAAUCUGGAUUCCAUUACUAGCCACCAUCCAUCCCUGAUUAUAAUGUAUUAAGGUUUAGUGUAUUAUUAUUGUGAUCACAAAUUGAACAAGUUAUCUUUAUGUUUUACUAUAAAAAUUGUUUUCCAAAAUGUUUUAUGAUCAAGUAAGCAAUCAGUCUUAUGAUCUUUUUGAUUGAGAUCAUGAACCGACUGAUGUUAGACCAUCAUUCAAAACCUGGAAGCACUGGACUGCCGUUUCAUCCUAUUGUGGAACUCCUCAGCGGUGCGCAUCCACGAACCCAGGGCCUUCAGUCUCGCGCGCGAACGCUUAAUGGUGGUCUAACGUCAAUCGGUUCAUGAUCUCAAUCAAAAACUUAACAAUCUCCCCAACCUCUAUGCUGAUAAUCUUAUAAUCAUUGUAAUUUCACAUAAAUAUCUUGUGAAAUAUCGUUUUAACACCUGGGUGUACGAUUAUUAACUGUACAUAAUGAUUAUUUUUUUCUAAAUAAAGGGUUUACAAUGACCGUGGAUCAAUGUUAUAUUGUAACCUUAGCAACAUCGAUAUAAAUUUUACAUCAUAUUUUUAAAUUUAUAGGUAACUGAUUUAAACCAAAACUGAUUUACUUUAAUGUUCAAUGAAUUGGUAAAUUAAGGGAACUUAUUGUUCUGUUAAAAAUUGUUAAAUUUAAGUUUUCUAAUUCAUGAUACUGAUAUACAAAGUAAAAUACUAACGCAGGUAUUUAGUUUCUUUAUUCCGGACUAUUUCUUAUACUUCUGAAAAAAUUAAACUAAAAAUAUGUUUUCAUCAAAAGUUUUUUGAAUAAUUCAUCCAGAAUUUCAAUGAAGUCUUCAUGAUUUUCGAUGAAUAUCCUGAGGAAAAAUGUUUUUUAUUUUUCUGUGAACAUUUUGAUAGAUUUUUAUAUGGAUUAACCAAUAAAAAUAUGAAUAUCAGUCAGAUGGAAAACACUUCAGAGAAUAUAUAUGAUGAACAAACCAAAAUUUCGAAAUAGUGUAUUAAAGUUAUAUUUUUUUACAUUUCAAUAAACUCUACCUGUUAUAUCCGAGCGAAGAUUAAAUCACGAGUAAUUUCUGAGACAUGUUAAUUGACUAAUAUGAUCUAUACAUUUUUAUGGUAUAACUAUUCAAUAACUCGAUUAUGUAUAUUUAUAUUCCUCUUAUUAUAAGCUUUAUUUUGACCUAUAAUUUAUUAUUGUACGAUUUACUGUUCUUAAGCUAUGUUCAGUUUAUUGACUACCACCUCCCAUGUUCACAGCCACUUUUUUGGCUUUAUUGUGUACAAAUGUUAUUUCCUAUUUUAUGGUGCGUUGCGGUCUGUUUGAUUGAUAUAUAAACUCAGUAUGUCUGAAAUAAAAGAUUCGAUUCGCAUAUUGGAAGCUGGUAUUGGUGUUCUGGACUCAAGUGGACGGGCUAAGCGGAUAUAGGACCAAUAAGGACGCUAGGCUGCUUAUACCGGUCGAAUGUCAUUGGUUUGGCACAGUAUUAAGAUUGUAUAUGUCGUAUUUUGAUUGUUGGAUAAAUCACUUGGUAAAAAGCCGGACAUAAACUCACAACACUACCUCCAAAAAACAAAUUUUUACCAACAAAAUGAUUUUGUAUAAAUGCAAUUGGGAAGAAUUUAUUUGAUGUUAC